GUGAACUGGACUUUGUUUAGAGUUUAGAUAGCAGAUCCAAAAGAGUACCCUAAUUAUCAAACCAAAUAAUAUUCGUUCGAAACUGGAACUCGGGAGUUUACACUCACCGCAACAGCAACAGACACACACAUGGCAGAAGAGAGCGAGAACAAAAUGGACGACAUAGAGUCUCAGAUUCUAACUGCUAUGAACUCUCGAAUCCCUCACUUCAAGGAACAAGCCGAUUCUUUGACAUUUGGAGGAGUUCGUAGAUUGAUCGAGAAGGACUUGGGUUUAGAGGAAUUUGCUUUGGAUGUUCAUAAGGGAUUUAUCAAGCAAUAUUUAAACAAGUGCAUACAAGAGCGAGAUGAUGAUGAUGCCCCAAAGGUAUCAGGUGAGGCAGGGGAAAAAGAUGCAAGUACACAAGAGACAGAAGGACCAAAAGAAGAAUGUCGAUCAGAAGAUGUAAAGGAGCUUUGCCCUGAAGAUGAUGAGAAAAUGGAAGACUCUCCGGUAUUUGGCCUGCUUAAAGAACAAAAAGGAGUUAAACUUGAAACCAAGGAAGCUAAAGGAAGUGGAAGGAAAGUAGUUCCAAGUGAGGCCCUAAUUAAGAAAGCUGUUAGAAAAAGAUCUUCGUACAUCAGGGCUAAUGCAGAGAAAGUCACUAUGGCUGGACUUCGUCGACUAUUGGAGGAAGAUCUUAAACUGGAUAAAUUUACUCUUGAUCCGUAUAAGAAGUUUAUAAGUCAACAGCUUGAUGAGGUGUUAGCUUCUUCUGAAGUUUUGGAACCUGCAAACAAUGCUAAGAAAAUUGUUAAGAAGAAACCUGAUACCAAAGUAACUAAAAAGGUCAGCAGUGAAGAGAACUCUGAUACUUCAGAUAAGGAGAGUGAUAAGGAUGAGAAUCAGGAAGAUGAAGUUAAAGUUAGAAAAAAGAGUGUUCCAAAGGGCAAGAUGCAGACUUCUGUCAGACCCAAAAAGCGCAAAGCAGAGGAGACCAAUCUAUCCAGUAAGAAAAGGGUCAAGCCUGCUAAAGCAGCCUCAGAUGACGAUAGUGAUGCAGAAGAUAAUGGAAAAAACUCUGAAGAAGAUCAGUCCCAUUCAUCACCAGAGAAACCUACCAAGAAGAAAGAAAUUUCAACUCCUGUGCAUGGAAAACGUGUGGAGAAAUUAAAAUCUGUUAUUAAAGCAUGUGGAAUGAGUGUUCCUCCCACAAUUUACAAAAAAGUCAAGCAGGCGCCUGAAAACAAACGGGAAGGGCAGUUAAUUAAGGAGUUGGAGGAAAUACUGUCUAGAGAAGGAUUGUCUUCAAAUCCAUCUGAAAAGGAAAUCAAGGAAGUGAGAAGGAAGAAGGAUAGAGCCAAAGAACUUGAGGGUAUUGAUUUGAGCAAUAUUGUGACAAGUUCACGAAGAAGGUCAACAACUAGUUUUCUGGCUCCUCCACCUCCUAAGCCCAAGGUUCAACUUGAAACUAGUGGCAAUGAUGGUGGAGAAAAUGAUAAUGACAACGAUGAUGAAGGCAAUGAUAAUGAAGAGAAUGAAGAAGAUGAAGAAGAGGACAAUAGCGAUGAUGAUGGAAGUCAGAGUGAAGAAUUUAACAACGAUGAAGAGGACAGUGAUUGAACUCAGGCAGAUUCCUCAGUAAUUAAAAGGUGAUUUUUUCCAUAAUUAAUUAGGAGGUGAUGGUGUAUAAUGCAAUGUAUUCUAGUGUGUUUUCUGUUUUGCUUUUGUAUCUUUUCUUCUGUUUUUACUUUCCCAAAUUUUCGAAACAUUAAUUUUAAGGUUGAUCAGGAUUAAAACAUCAAAUUGUGAAUUAGUUUUUGAUCAGUUUAAUAACUAAUAUGAUUUUCAAAACUUUGUAGCAUAGUUGCAGGAAGCUCCUAAAAAAACUUUGGUAGAUUCCAACUUGCGUAGAAUUAAACAAUUUGCCUUAGUGGUCUAAAAGAAUCCUGACA